UUUUUAAAACUUUUCUCCAAUGCUAUAGAGCCAUUGCCAUGUCGGUCAACACUUGAAUAGAAACCUAGUUCACACCCCCGAUUUUGAAGUCAACACAGUCGCUACAGUCCCAUUCGUUUUCUUUGUAGCCUCGUUUGAAUGUCGCGGUUAUGCACAUUUGUACGGAAUGGGGUGAGUUUACGCUACCUUGGCUAAGCUGGACCACUGGGAAGCCUGCCUAUCCACAGCUCUCCCUUGUGAUGUGGCCAGCCUACUGAAGCUGUUCUGUCUGGAGCUUCCAUAACCCCCCCUCCUAGACAUCCACUCUGCCCUGCUAAAGGCCUAGUUACUGCUCACUGUGGAGUAGAGGACCUCAGGCCUCCCAGCUGCUGUCCUGCCUACUGCCUGACAAGAACUGUGCCUUCCUCACACUUUUUCCAUUUCCUCUCAAAGGUCUCCUGCAGGUGUGCUGAGAACAGUGACUAGUAACCUGGCUGUGGUCUAUGCCCCGAGCCACAGCCUGCUUCGCCAGGUCAGGCUCAACACAUCCAGUCCCUCAUCCCUGUUGGCCAGGUCAGGCUCCAGUCCCUCAUCCCUGUUGGCCAGAAUGGAUUCGUAGAAACGUUGGGUGUUUUUCAGCCAAAAGGCUGAGUGACGUGUCCGCCUGUCUCCUGGUCUGGGGAAAGCUGUACCGAACCCCCCUGGAAGAGCAGGAAGCUGUACCUAACCCCCCUGGAAGAGUAGGAAGCUGUACCGAACCCCCCUGGAAGAGCAGGAAGCUGUACCGAACCCCCCUGGAAGAGCAGGAAGCUGUACCGAACCCCCCUGGAAGAGAAGGAAGCUGUACCGAACCCCCCUGGAAGAGCAGGAAGCUGUACCGAACCCCCCUGGAAGAGCAGAAAGCUGUACCGAACCCCCCUGGAAGAGCGGAAAGCUGUACCGAACCCCCCUGGAAUAGCGGGAAGCUGUACCGAACCCCCCUGGAAGAGCGGGAAGCUGUACCGAACCCCCUGGAAGAGCGGGAAGCUGUACCGAACCCCCCUGGAAUAGCGGGAAGCUGUACCGAACCCCCCUGGAAGAGCGGAAAGCUGUACCGAACCCCCCUGGAAGAGCGGGAAGCUGUACCGAACCCCCCUGGAAUAGCGGGAAGCUGUACUGAACACCCCUGGAAUAGCGGGAAGCUGUACCGAACCCCCCUGGAAUAGCGGGAAGCUGUACCGAACCCCCCUGGAAGAGCGGGAAGCUGUACCGAACCCCCCUG